GAGACACUUCCCGAAGUCCGGGCGCUCGUGCGCCGGGUUCACAUGUUCUUUUGCAACUUUUCCCGUAAAAUGAAGCUGCCGCCACCCAAGGGAUGCAGGAGAAGCUCUCUGUUCUUCUAGAAUCAAAGCAGAGCAAUGGCGGUCGUCAAUGGCGACGAAGCAGGCGUUCCGGAGGGAGCUCAGAGCCGUCCAAUCUCCUCCAUCGUCAUCAUAACAGCCGUUCAGUCUCAAGCUCUCCCGCUAGCGGAAAAAUUUCAACUUGUGGAGGAUGCGGCCCUGUCUGCAGAAGGUUUUCCCUGGGUUCGAUAUUCUGGGGUUUACAAAAAUUUGUGCCUAAAUGUUAUUUGGCUGGGGAAAGACUUAGCUCUUGGAGUUGAUAGCGUAGGCACAGUUUCUGCAGCUCUCGUUGCUUAUGCAUCCAUUCAAGCAUUAAAACCAGACCUCAUCAUUAAUGCAGGCACAGCUGGUGGUUUGAAGUCAAAGGGAGCGACCAUCGGGGAUGUGUUUCUUCCUUCUCAUGUUGCAUUCCAUGACAGAAGGAAUCCUCUCCCCGUUUGUGAUUUGUAUUGCAUUGGUACUCGACAGGCAUUCUCAACACCCGACCUCUUGAAGGAACUUAACCUAAAGGCUGGAAAAUUGUCUACGGGCAACUCCCUGGAUAUAUGUCCUCAGGAUGAAAAACUAAUCACUGCAAAUGAUGCAGCUGUUAAAGAUAUGGAGGGAGCAGCCAUUGCAUACGUGGCAGAUUUGCUGAAAAUCCCAAUUAUUUUCAUCAAGGCCGUGAGUUAUAUUGUGCAUGACGAGAAACCCGAUUCGGAUAAUUACUUGAAGAACUUGAUGGGAGGGAGUGUCGCGCUCGAUGAGGCGGUCGUCCGAGCCAUAGAGUUCACUAACGGGAAGCGGCUUUCCGAGCUUUGACAAGUAUCCGACCUUUCUUCUCAUAAUGCCCUUAUUCAGUACUGUAAGAACCGAAUUUACAUUCUUGGAACUCUUUCCAGAUGAACCGAUUAUGAUGGCAAAUUUGGGAAAUCAGAGUCGCUCUAAUACCAA